CGCGGAACCGUUCGGAGGUACUUGGAAGAGGGAAACACGGCCCUGGAAGCGUUUGUGGACUAUAGUGAGAGGAUACGGAAGUAAAUCCAUUGGAAUUCGUGGAAGCAGAAGAUUUAGUGAAAUUUAUUGGCAUAAAUGUUUUGUGUUAUUUUGGAAAAGGGGUUUUCGAUGCCACAGUUCUGCUGAAGAUGGAGGACGAAAUGAAUACCAGUAGCGGUAGCAGCAGCAGUGGUAGCAGCACUAGCAGUACCAGUGGUGAUAGUGAUAAAUGCUCUGACGCUAGUUCGAGUGAAAAGGAUAUUGAAAGUGAAAAUGACAAGGAUAAUGAAGGCAACCGAUCGGCCAGCAUUGUAAGGGGCCAGAAGAAGGGGAAACCUGGUGCUACCAGUGGCGGAAGCGAGAAUGAAAAUGAUAAAGAGGUUAAAGUGUUAGCGCCCAAAACAAUCGAAGGAAACGUUGGACCGUUGACAGCGACGGUGAAAUUCAUCAAUCCUUUCAAAAAUAAUUGGAUCAACGCCGACCGUUUGAACGAGCUCAGGAAGAAAGUGCACGACGCCUCAAAGCAUCACCGAGUGUUUCUUUUACGCGGGUCAUUUCAUACCGUUCGGCGGGCGCUGGUUGAACGGGGCUGGGUGGAAAAGCAAGAUGGAUUUCGGGCGAAACCGCAAGCAACCACAUCGUCCUCGGGGUUUAUUCUGGAAGAUCUCGUCCAACAACUUCCAGAACGCAAACCGGGCGAAUCUCGCAAGAAUCAUAUCGCAAAAUGUGAACGUAGCAUCAUGUCUCGAUUUCUCGAGCAUACACCCAUCGAUUUACUCUGGACAGCUCGCAGAGAGAAGAGUGACUGGAUAGAUAUGACCAAGAAUGCUUCGUUGAUCAUCAACCGCUUCAGUAAGGCUCCUUUCACAACCAAGGAAGGUAUUUGUUCCGCACUGCACGACUUUCAUUGGUUUUACGAGGAAGGUAUGUCCGAGACAUAUUUUCCUCGCUGCUACAAUGUGUGGAACCCUGAGGAACUGAAUGAAUUCAUCGACAAUUUCCGGCUGACCGCUUCGAUGGGCCUCCUAAAGUGGCUAAUCGAGGCUCACUCAAAGGAUGGGAUGGAUGCAAUACUCUCGGACGAGGGAAAAGUUCCUGGAUCAUGCGUCAGCUUCGCACUGGCUCGUUGCAAAGAGUACCUGGACUAUUGUUUACAUAACGAUAUCGAUAUUGAAGAAGAUGUUAAAAUUUGGGAUCACGACUGGGAUGUGUUCCUCACGCAUCAUUACUUGCUAACUCACGAGGGAGGAAAAAUAUUGCUUACAAAAGAGGCGGAUUAUGCGAGUUUGAUUGAAAAUUAUGUAGCGGAUGCGCGGUCGGUUCUGGAACAAAUAAAAAACCAUUGGCCGCAGUAUGCAUUGGAUGGCUUUUUGAAUAUAUGGAUUGUGAAACCGGGGAACAAAUGCCGCGGAAGAGGAAUUCAUCUAAUGAACAACAUCAAGCAGAUCAUUACAAUGGUUAAUCCUCCCAUUGUGAGCAAAACGAGAUAUGUGAUACAGAAAUAUAUAGAGCGCCCCCUCAUCAUUCACAACACAAAAUUCGACAUACGACAAUGGUUCAUGAUAACGAGCGUCCAGCCGUUGAUCAUAUGGUUCUACAAAGAAAGUUACCUACGUUUCAGUUCCCAGCAGUACAAUCUCAUGAACUACCACGAAUCAGUGCACCUGACCAAUCAUGCCAUCCAGAAGAAGUACCACAACGCGGAACGGGACGAACGACUUCCGCACGAAAAUAUGUGGGACUGCCACACGUUCCAGGCGUACCUGCGCCAGAUCGGCAAGUACGAAAUGUGGUCCGAACGAAUUUAUCCGGGAAUGCAAAAGGCAAUCAUCGGCUCGCUGUUGGCUUGCCAAGAUAACAUGGAUCGUCGACCGAAUACCUUCGAGCUGUACGGAGCGGAUUUCAUGAUAACCGAGGACUUCUACCCGUGGCUGAUAGAGAUCAACUCGAGUCCAGAUUUGGCACCCAGUACGAGCGUUACGGCACGCCUUUGUCCGCAGUGCGUAGAGGAUACUAUUAGAGUCGUGAUCGAUCGUCGCCACGAACCAAACGCAAGCACCGGUUCGUUUGAGCUGAUCUACAAACAGGUUAUCCCAAAAACGCCUGCCUACAUGGGUCUAAAUCUACAGCUGCGCGGCCACAGAAUCACGCCGAAAAGUUCCAUCAAGAAGGAUCGCUUGCGCGUUCUCCCCGUUAAGCCAGUGCAGAACGUCCUCCAGGUAUCACGAUUGGCUGCCUCGGCUGCCCCGAGACCGAUAGCAGCUCCCGUGAUAAUGGAUCUUAUCGAUUGUCUACAGUUCGAUACCAAGCUCCAGGAGGACGAAGAAACGCGUGUCCGAACGGCGCUCUAUCGCAAGGCGGGGUUCUCGCCAAGGCCCAAUUUGCGGUAUGAUUUUGCCAAGAAGAAAUCCUAUAUUAUCGCGAAGACGGGUGAUUUUUUCCGCAGAAGCGGUGCUCCGAAGUAUCUAGCUGAUAAUGAAACGUAUAUUGAUAACAUAGAAGAUUGGGAACGAGCUACGACCAGCAUCUUCCAGAGUAACUACGCCAAUACACUGCAUUCACUCACCGCCAACCGAAACACUCCUCUCGGAUGUGGAGAGUUGCAGACGUCACCAAGUGCCAGUUAUACUAACCUGAAGUACUGCCCGAAAACUGCGCCUAACGCCAAUAAUUGUGAUGACCUAGAUAGUGCAAAUGUCAAUGGUGAACGAAGCACCACAUUAUGUGAAAACUCUUCCGGUUACAGUAGAUACAAUAAACUAUCCACCAAUAGUAAUAAGAUGGCGCUGACAUCGACAUUGGAUAACUUAUACACACUUGGGUUGAGCCUUCGGAAACAGACUGUGGUUAAAAGCCCCAAGGCAUCCCGAUCCAACGCCAGCUACACACAAUCAAACGAAAAUCUAGUCGAGUUAGAAAAAACUUAAUUAGCUAAGCAAAAAAGUAACAAACUACGUACUCUUUAAGUAAGAGAAAACGUAGCAAUCGUCCUGUUCUUUAGUGUGUAGUGACGUUCCGUGUACCUCCACCAGAUAAAUGUAACACAUUUCUGUAUUUACAGCGUUUUAGUGCUUCGAAAUUAGAUUGUUAUUGAAAUCCGAGUUAAACCAGAAACAAAUUAAUA